GUGUGUGUGUGUGUGUGUGUGUGUGUGUGUGUGUGUGUGUGUGUGGUCCCAGCUCAGGCCUCCCACGGUGAUCGGACAGUUCCACACCUUGUUCUUCGGCUCGGUGCGGAUGUUCUUCUUGGGCGUUCUCGGCUUUGCCAUCUACGGGAACGAGGCGCUGCACUUCAGCUGUCACCCCGACCGCCGAGAACUCAACCUGUUCUGCUACAACCAGUUCAGACCCAUCACACCUCAGGUUUUCUGGGCGCUGCAGCUGGUGACAGUCUUGGUUCCUGGGGCGGUGUUCCACCUCUACGCGACAUGUAAGAACAUCGGCCAGGAGGAGAUCCUUGAAGGACCCACCUACACGGUCUUCUACAUCAUCUCUGUUCUCCUGCGGAUGAUCCUGGAGGUCAUUGCCUUCUGGCUACAAAGCCACCUGUUCGGUUUCCAGGUCCAGUUGCUGUACAUGUGUGAUGCCACUGCUUUGGAAAAGACCUUUAAUGUGACUAAGUGCAUGGUUCCUGAACAUUUUGAGAAAACCAUCUUCCUGAGUGCCAUGUACACCUUCACUGUGAUCACCAUCCUUCUCUGUAUCGCUGAGAUAUUCGAGAUACUCUGCCGACGACUCGGUUAUCUCAACAACCAAUGAUACGUUCAUUAACGCAGUCAGCAGAACCCAGCCCGAGGUCCACCAAGACUAC